CUAGAUGGUGGCGGUGCGUAGGCCUUGGUCCGUCAUGGUCGCAGUGCUGCUAGUCCUGCUCGCCUGCCUGGGAGCGCUGGUGGACGCCUACCCUGCCAAACCCGAAGCUCCGGGCGAAGACGCCUCCCCGGAGGAGCUGAGCCGCUACUACGCCUCCCUGCGCCACUACCUCAACCUGGUCACCCGACAGCGGUAUGGGAAAAGAGACAUCCCAGAAACUCUCCUCUCCAAACUGCUCUUCACCGAUGACAGCAAAAACCUCCCCAUCAGGUCUCGGCCAGAAGGUGCCUACCAAUGGUGAAGACCCCCGAGACCUCCUUCGAGAUGUGCUAACUAUACCGACUUCAUUUGCAUACUUGGUUUGAAGAGAGGGCUCCAUUCCAUAUCUUGGUGUCCCGGGCGCCCAGGCUUGAGGGCGGUGUGUGUUCAUUUCCCUGUCCCCAAAUAAAAAGCAAAUUUCACACAAAA